ACAUUAGUCGUUUGAUAUCGAAUAUUGUUUAAAAAUUGCUUGGUCGAAAUGUCAAAUCGUCACUAAAAUUGACACCCAAACGUCACUUCGUAGCCACACGUGCAGCGUUUGUUCUAUGAAGUUUUGGUUGUAAACAUUGGCUUUGCCGAUACGAACUCUUCGCACAUAAUAACAAAGGAAUAAAAUAGAAGAUUAAGAAUGAGUCUGCUGCCGAAAACACGUCAAGACUUCACGCAAACUGAAUAUUGGAAUUCUUUCUUUCAAAAAAGAGGAAAGGCAUCUUUUGAAUGGUACGGCGAAUAUCCAGAAUUGUGUGUUCAUUUACACAAAUAUAUCAAAUCCAAGGAUGCUGUGUUGAAUGUCGGCUGCGGUAAUUCUAAAUUGAGCCUAGAUCUAUACGAUGUCGGUUACAAGAAUAUCACGAAUAUCGACACAUCGCAGCUGGUUGUGAAACAAAUGUUGGCACAAAAUAGAACCAUUCGGCCGGAUUUGAAGUUCUUACAAAUUGAUGCAUGUAAUAUGAAGGAAUUUGAAGACGGGACAUUUUCAGCCAUCAUAGAUAAGGCCACACUCGACGCAGUUUAUGUCGACGAAACAGAUGCGAUCAAUGAAUAUGUGCAAAAAUAUUGGUCAGAAAUAGAUCGUGUAUUGCGAGUUGGCGGCAGAUAUAUUGCGAUCUCUUUGUUACAGCAACAUAUUAUCGAAGGAUUGCUAAAGCGAUUCGCUUUGAAUAAUUGGAUGUUCCGUGUGGUGCGUUGCAUUGAAGCCGAGGAGAAAACUGCGGAAGAAAGUGGCGAAAAAUCGCUUCCAGUAUUUAUGGCCAUAAUAACAAAGUUUCAAAAACUGCCAUCAAUGGUUUUGGAAGUUUGUAUGGCCGGCGACAAAAUGAUUCGGGUAAAUAGUACAGAAGAGGUCGUCGAAGCAGUUUUAUCGGUACAAAAGGCGGCUUUGGUAUGCAAUGGUUUGACACGUAGUAAUAUCGCAGAUAUGAAUGAGGUGUCAAUUGAUUUAUAUGAACCUUCGAAUAGCAAGGUUCGAUACACAAUCCAUAUUUUGGAUCAAAAACCGAGUCGCGAAAAUGGACGGUAUGCGGCAUUCAUCGUGCCUCAGGGCCGCGAGACUGAAUGGCUAUUCUCAACGGAACCGGGGAGAAGGAAACUUCUUCAGUCGGCGAAACAUGAUCGUUUAGCGAUUGUUUCCAUGCAUCGUGGUCACGAGUACAAGUCGUGGGAUGAUGUCAAAGACGAACUGAGUGGUAGUAUUCGAAAUUUUGCGCCAAGCGGUUUGAAGAACCAGCAGAUUCCAUUUUUGUCCCUCGGCUCUGAUGUUGGCGUACGUGAAACUAUUUUCCAAGGCAAGAGUGAACUUUCGGGAGACUAUAUAGUAGAAGAAAUCAAAGGUUCGGACAAUAAAAUAUUCCGACGACUGAUUUUCCUUAGUAAUCAGUUUGUCAUACAAUCGGAAGCCUUGGUCAAAGUUGUAAAAGGGAAAGAUAAGAAAAUAGAGAAUAAAACCAUUGAACCAACGUAUCUGGCUUGUCAGCAUCACUUAUUCAUGACUCUCGGUGUAGAUUUCAUCAAAGCACUGAAUGGCACAAAAUCAAAGAAAAAUACGAGUUGUGCUGUUAUUGGAUUAGGUGGAGGUGGUCUUUGUACGUUCAUUCACCGCAUUCUGAAAGAUACAAAUAUAACAGCCGUGGAUAUCGAUGCUUCAAUGCUGACUGUUGCCACCAACUUUUUCGGUUUAGUUCAAGACAAUCGCUUGAAGGUUGUGAUCGAUGACGGUAUUAGAUUCCUAAAAAAAGCACUGAAAAAUGGACAAUCAUUCAAAGCCAUUCUUUUUGAUGUCGACAGCAAAGACCCCACGGUUGGCAUGAGUUGUCCUCCGAUUCAGUUCUUAGAAAAAGAUGUAUUGGACACUGUGAAGGCCUGUAUUCGUGAUAACGGUAUUUUCGUUCUGAAUCUGGUGUGCCGUGAUGAAAAGUUGCGUGACAAAGUUCUGAUCGACCUUCGAAAUACAUUCAAAUCAGUUGUAUCCUACAAACUUGACGAAGAUGUAAACGAGAUUCUAUAUUGCCAGAAUGCUGAGUACGACGCUAAAAAAUGGAACGAAACGAUGCAAAAGUCAGCCAAACAUAUAAAUGACAUACUUAAAAAUGAACAAAACUCAUCCGAGACAAUCGACAUUGAAGAAUUUUUAGAACAAUUGAAAAUAUAAUUUUCAAAGAAUUUUGUUUUAAAUUUUUAUUAAAACACUACUAUUUGUUGCUUAAGAUCUAUAUCAAUAAAUUAAGUGUUAUGUGUUUACAAUAACUUUUUUUUGGAACAAAA